AUGCAAUGUUUCGAAGUAGUCCACGAUGAUGAUAUAGCAAUGUAUAGACAUGCAUAUGUUUGUGCAGUUUUGGUAUCUAAUCUGUAUCCUGGUCACUCACUAAGACGUGGCGCUGCUGCUAUCGCGGCUUCCGUCGGUAUACCACAACACAUUAUUCAAGCAUUAGCUAGAUGGGCAACAGCAUCGUCUUUGUUACCGUUAGAAAAACGCAUCAAACAACUGGAAGAUGAGUUAUUUGAACUAAAAUUAGCCCAUGAUGAUUUAGCUACCUUUGACAGACGGGCUGAUUUACGAUUCUAUGGUUUACCAGAACAAGAUGGAGAAGAUACAUGUCAACUUAUCAUUCAAACAUGUGCUUCUAUUGGAGUAUUGCAGUCUAUUGGAGACCAGAUUGAUCAGUUAUUAGAUGAUUGA